AUGUCUGGUGCGCACAAUAUCCACAUCUGUCGGAAUAUUUAUUCUCCAAACCAUUUAUGGACUCCGUUUAUCUUCUUGAAAAGCUUAACCUAACAGGCCAAAUAGACUCUCGGUUCUUUAGGUCCUGAAAUAAGAUUUUUCAGCCUGACUGCGGAUGUCUGCGUAAGUGUGAAUGUUGUAAACAAUGAGCGGCUGGAUCACUGCUGGAUAAUCUGGGAUUCAACAAAGACUGCGGUAGUUGCAUCAGGUUUAAGUUCAUAAAGAUGUCCAAAAUUGAACGUCUGAAUGCCCGAGUGGAAAAGCUGCUGUCUAAAGCGGUGCAGGAGGUUCUGGAGGUGGUGAAAGAAACUGUAUCGGAGUACCAGGAGAAAACUGCCCGAACACAGAGAGAGAACCAGAGUCUGAAGAGGAGGCUGCAGGAGCUCCAGGAGAAGUUAGAACUAGAAAGCAAUGGAAGUGCACCACAAACUUCCCCUGCAGCCCAACAGGCUGAUACAGAGCUGCAACUGAUGGAGCUGAAACAGAAAGAAGGCCUAGAGGAGAACAUUGAGCUUGUCCCCUCUGACAAGGACAUCGCAGUAAUCUGUCCCUCGUAUUCACUUGAAGACGUGGACUGUGAAGCAUCCAUCGCAUCUUUAGCCAACCCCUGCUCCUCCCCUCAAACUUCGACAGCGCCACAUUUAGGUGACGAUGACUUGAACAACACAAGAGCUCUUAAAACAGAGACUAAAAAUGGACUAUCACUUUUAAACCAUGUGGUUACAAUCACUGAAAACAAUCACAAAAUGAAAGUAGAGCCUACAUCAGAUGAAGACGCCGUGCAUAACACAAAUUAUUUUUAUGAUGGUGCUGGCUCGAGCUCUACAUGCUCACUCAGACUAGAACCUCCUCAAGCCAAUUCAGGACUCUACAACAAGUCCAUGGUUGUCUCCAGUUUGGGGCAAAAUGGCACAGAAGAGCGGCUAUCCCAAAGAUACAACAAUACAAUCAGUGUCGGAGCAGAUAAACAGCACACCACACAAUUAAGCACAAAAGUGGGCACUCCAGGCCUGAAAGCUUUCCAGAGAAACGUCAGAAAACACUACAGCUGCUCGCUCUGCGGUCGCACCUUCAGGCACGCAGGUGACUACAAGAAGCACAGCAGGGUGCACACGGGGGAGAAGCCCUACUGCUGCUCUGUGUGCGGGAAGCGCUUCAGUCAGUCGGGCUACCUCACGGUGCAUCUGCGCUACCACACAGGAGAGAAGCCGUUCGGCUGCAGCCACUGUGGCAAAAGUUUUAGUCACUCGAGUAACAUGAAGAAACACCAGCAAACUCAUCUGUGACGCCGAUGGAGCCGGACUUUCUACUUAUCAUGUUGCUUAUAUUUAGAGAUGGACAGUGUAAUAGGCUGCCUGUUUGUAAGCAAAAAAAAUGUGCUGGAUUCUCAAAAUGUAAUGUCAACUUAUCUCCUAUGAGCAUUUUUGUCAGCUGAGUGGUUUCUUGUGCUGUGUUGAGAUGCCUUUCA